AUGCCAAACACACUGAAUUGGACUUGGGUUUGGAUUUGGGCAGGGCUGUGCCUUGUGCCCAGCCACGCCCAUUUCAUACACAUAGAUCAAGAGGAGUUUCAUACAAGCGGCUUUCCACGCCCACAUCUGCCACCGCCUUUGGAGCUGGAGCAUAUGCCACAUAUGAUGGCCAGUAAACCACUGACGCCCGCCGAAGUUAUGGUUGAUCUGACCAAUGAUCUAACGCAUCGCUUGCUACACUAUCAUUCCAUACUUAAUCGCAAUAACUUUGCCUUCUCGCCCACGGCUUUGGUCAGCGUGCUGGUGGCGCUCUAUGAAGGAUCUGCCGGACGCAGCGCCCAGGAGCUGCGCAAUGUUUUGCAAUUGCCCAACAAUCGGGAUAUCAUACGCGUUGGCUAUCGUGAUAUACACCGACGGCUGCGGACAUAUUUCUUUGGUUCAGAUAAUCCAUUGAAAGGACUGAGUUUAAGCAGAAAUAAUGUCACAGUGCUCAAGGAUUUUGAAACUGUGCUAAUGUUUUAUGGCUAUGAUCUAAGCGUGGAUAUGGUAUCAGCUAAGAUGGCAAAUCUAACUGAAUCUAUGGACAACACUAAUGCAACAGCAAGCAAUACAACAAGCGCUGAAAUGAUGGAGACUACAACAUUGAAGGAUGUGGAAGCUACAACGCUGCCGCCAAGCACUGAAGCGCCUACAACAUUGCCACCAACAACAACAACAGAUGCAGAGGAGAGCACCACAGAGGCAGAAGAAGCGACAACUACAGAGGCGCCAGUAGAGGCAGCAGCAGAGGAGCCCGCAGCUGAGGAUGAAGCUGCUGAGCUGGUUUCCGCUUUUGUAGCUGAAGAGGAUGCCGAGCCCUUUUUGCGCAUACAAAAGGCAAGGGUAUCGCGUUUGCCCACCAGCAAGCUGCAGGCGCCGCUUAAGCAUUCCAAUCCCAUAACACCCAAACCCAGUUAUUUGCCCAGCGCACGCAGCGUUCAAAUGCUGCCCAUGAUGGCGCGCCAAGUGAGUGCGCCACAUACUAGAAAGAUGAGCACAAGCUUUAGCAUACGCCAAGUGACGACGUCGACGACAACAACUACAGCAGCGCCAGCAGCAGCAACAACACGCAAACAAACUGCUGCACGCCAUAAGCGACAUGUGCUGGGCUACAAGGAGCUGGAUGCUAAUCUCUUUGUAAGUUUAUUUCCACACACUGCCCACGCAGGAUUACAUUCUCUGCCCAUACCGCCCACCGCUGGCUUUGCGCACAUUACCAACGACUUUGAGCCGCAUUAUAUAAGCGACGCCACUGAGAGCAAAACCAACUAUAAUACGGAUGUCAUUAGUCACGUCUUCUAUCUGGGCAAUCAGCAGGUGGUGCACACCACUUUUAAGGUCUACAAUGCAGUGCUGUACUACAAAUACUUUGAGCACUUGAAGCUAAGCGUGCUUGAGCUAGAACUAGAUACACCCGAGUAUAAUUUGAUGAUACUGCUGCCAGAUUAUCAUAUGGACAUAGUGGCUGCGGCGGCUUCGUUGAAACUGGGACCCACCUUGCGAUUGAUGCGCAAGCAGCUAAAGCCACGCUGGGUGCAGGCCAUCAUACCAGACUUUAAGCUACAUGGCACCAUGUUUCUGACCAAUGAUCUGCAAAAUAUGGGCAUCUGUGAUAUAUUUGAGCCAAAUCGCGCCGACUUUCGUCCCAUGACUGAUGAGAAAGGCGUCUAUGUGCGACACAUUGAGCAAUCCAUAGACGUAAACAUUCGUACGCAUCCCAUCAAUCAACUUAAGCGCAACUACGGCGCUCAAACUCAGCCCAUACAAAUCUCUGUUAAUCAUCCAUUUUUGUUUUUCAUCAUCGAUCGCGACUUGGAUGUGGCGGUUAUGUCGGGCCGCAUACUCAAUCCGCUCAAUGUGCGCAUACAGUAAGACAGACGGCUGGCUGGGGGCAUGCAACAUGCGUUGUGUGGCAAUCAAUGGUGCAAAACGAAGGUCAAAUUGCCAACUGAAAGUGAAGUUGGCGCUGUUUCCUGCAAAGUUUGCUUAGUUAACUAAAAUGUAAAUAAUGCAAAUUGCUUUUGUUUAUAUAAAAUGAUGCUCACUUUUUUC